AUGAGCGAUGCGAUGGAAAGAAUACAGCAGAAGUUUGCAAAGAAAAAGGAGGACGAGGCUUAUAGACAUCACCAGAACUACAUCAAAUGGAAACUUGAGUAUGCUGAAGCUGAGCAAAGAGCCCGCGAGUUCAAAGCUUAUUGGGAAAGGAGAGCACAAGACGAUCGUGACCUAUGGAGGGAUAAGUUGAGUCCUCAACCCUUCCCUUUUUUGUUUUAUUUUCCCGCAGAAGGAUAG